AAAGGAUACAGGGGUUCUAUUAAAGACUUUCCUGGGGCCGAUCCACUCAGGGAUGUUGAGGUUCUUCGAAAAGCCAUGAAGGGUUUUGGCACUGAUGAAAACGCCAUUAUUGAACUUCUGGGAAGUCGUACCAACAAGCAGAGGGUUCCAAUGGUAGCAGCCUAUAAAACCACUUAUGGAAAGGAUUUAAUCCACGAUCUGAAGUCUGAGCUCACUGGAAACUUUGAGAAACUGGUUCUCUCUAUGUUGAAGAGCCCUGCACACUUUGAUGCAUCUGAAUGCAGGGAGGCUAUAAAGGGUGCAGGAACUGAUGAAGCGUGUCUGAUUGAGAUUCUUUCAUCACGCUCCAAUGCAGAAAUCAAUGAAAUCACCAGAAUCUACAAAGCUGGUGAGUUCUGAACUUAUUUUUUUUGGGUUAUUUUUCCCCCCACAGUUUUGU